UAGGUUUUGGGCCUCUUUUGCGCGCAGCUUCCUCCUCAUCGCAUUCGUGCCUAUCCGCGUUUAUAUCACCUGAAUUUCAUGCAUCCCUUCAGUCCUACGCACGGGCGCAACGAUUUUGCAAUCGGACGGCACCAUUUGGCACAGCGGUGAUGGCCGUGCCAGCAGCACGGGCUGCUCGGGCGGAGCGGCGCAGUUACUUGUGGAAGGACAGCCACAACGCUGCACGGCUCAGCCUCCACGCCAUCGCGCAGCUGAACUCGCGUCGAUGGCGUACACACCCUACCGCGCAGGUCACGAUGGCCGAGAUGACGCCGGCCCCCGGCUGCAACGGCACGACGAUGCGCACGAUCACGCCCGGCUCGGGCAAGGAGAUCACGAAGGGCUCGACCGCCACCGUCCACGCGACGGGCGUCGUCAAAGAAUCGGGCCAGAAGUUCUGGAGCACGAAGGACCCGGGCCAGGAGCCCUUCACGUACCAGGCCGGCGUCGGCGGCGUCAUCAAGGGCUGGGACCAGGGCUGCCUCGGCAUGAAGGUCGGCGAAGCUCGAGAGCUCAUCAUCCCGGCGCACGAGGGCUACGGCGCGUCCGGCUUCCCGGCCUGGGGCAUCCCGCCGGGCGGAACGCUGAACUUCACGCUCGAGUGCCUCAAGGUCGAGUGAGUACGCGCGCACUAACAACAGUUCUUAAUGA